AUGGUGAAACAAGUGAAGGGUGGCUACCUGCUGCGAUACAAGAAGAGGCUAUUCGGCAAAGCAUGGCGAGAGGAGUGGGUGGUGCUGUACGACGACUCGACGCUGGCGUGGUUCAAGGAGAAGGGCCGCGGGCAGCCCGAGGGCAGCGUCAGGGUGAAGGACGCGCCGGAGAUGAUGGCCGUCAGCCAGUGGACGGCGCGCAUCCCCGGCCGGCCCGACCUGCCCUCCGGUUGCCACGUGGUGCAGCUCAUGGCGUUCGGCACGCGGCGCCGCGACAAGGUGCACUGGCUGCUCGCCCAGUCCGAGCAGGAGGUCAACGACUGGAUGACAGCGAUCAGCAACACUCUGCCGCCGCCGCCGCAGCCGCCGGAUGAGAAGUGCACCUCGACGCCGAAGCUGAUGGACCCGAUGGCGCCGCGGCUACCGCACGGCCCCUACUACUCAAUGCCGGGCGAGGUGCCGCCUCCAUACGCGCACCAGCAGCACUCGGCACUGCUGUCGUCGGGCGCCUUCACCGCCCCGGUGCCGGCCAACGGCUACCUGCCGGCGCCGGCCCCGGCCAGCAACACGACGAUCGUGGUGCGCGACCGCGACCACUACGUGGGCGGCAACGGUGGUGCGGACUUCGCGACGGGGCUGAUGAUGGGUGCGGCGCUCACCAACUGGGGCCACGGCUGGGGCUGGCACCAUGCCGCCAGCGACGUGCACGUACACAACCACUACGACGUCAACAACACCGUCAUCAACAACGAGCACCACUCGGCCACGUACGUGCACGAGGACUACGCCGACCUAGGCUUCGACGACGGCGACUACGGGAUGGACUGCGGCGGCGACUUCGGCUUCUAA